AUCAUAGGUGUUUGAUGAAGAAUGGACCCUGCUUUAGGCUAUUACAUUUUUACAUAUUGCACUAUUAUUUAAACAAACUCCUCCCACUUGCCUCAACUUCAUCUUAUCAACCCUUCCCUGUUUGCUUUUUUCACAAUUCACUUCCUUUCUAGAGAGUAAGAGAGAGAGAGAGAGAGAUAACAGCACAAAGAUGGAGCUUUCUCAACUUGGUUUUCUGGAUGAGCUACUUGCUCCAAGAAAAGACACUUGGAGUGCUUUGUCCUCUGGUUUGAAUGAGUUACUCCCUAGUGGUUGGAGCUUUGACUCUUUUGAUGACAACCAAGGUUUAGGCACUUUCAAUCCCUCAUUUGCUGCAUUUUCAACUCCACUAGACCAUAGAUUUGAAUGUCCUUAUGGAAGUGAAGCAUCAUACCCUUUUGUUGAUGGGUUCACAUUGCCAGAGCUUGAUUCAUCAUACACCAGGAAUGAUGAGUCAGUACCACUUUUGCCUCAAGAAGAUAACCCCUCAUUGGAGGAUGAAGAGUUUGGCUUUCUGGGGAGUGAUAACCAGAGUUUGGAACAAGCAACAAAUGGCUGCAAAAUUGAGGAACAAGUGACAGAGAUUCCAGUCUUCAACAUGGGCAUGUGUGGAGAGAAAAAGCCCAAAUCCAAAAAACUUGAAGGGCAGCCCUCAAAGAAUCUCAUGGCAGAGAGAAGGAGAAGAAAGCGUUUGAAUGAUCGCCUCUCCAUGCUAAGGUCUAUAGUCCCUAAGAUUAGCAAGAUGGAUAGGACCUCCAUUCUUGGAGAUACCAUUGAUUACAUGAAAGAGCUUCUAGAAAGGAUAGGUAAGUUGCAAGAAGAGGAAAUGGAGGAGGGAACAAAUCAGAUAAACCUCUUAGGCAUUUCUAAGGAGCUAAAGCCAAAUGAAGUAAUGUUUGAUGUUGAGAGAAGAGACCAGGACACAAGGAUCAGCAUCUGCUGUGCCACAAAGCCAGGAUUACUACUGUCCACAGUGAACACCUUAGAAGCAUUAGGCCUUGAGAUUCACCAGUGUGUUAUAAGCAGCUUCAAUGAUUUUUCAAUGCAAGCCUCUUGCUCGGAGGCAGCAGAGCAGAGAAAUUGUAUGAGCCCGGAAGAGAUAAAGCAAGCACUAUUCAGAAAUGCAGGUUAUGGUGGGAGAUGUCUCUAGGAGAAAGAUGGAGGAAAGAUGAUAUAACAAUAUGCAGAUGUUGAAAAAGAAGCAAAGUUUUCCUCUUGUGUAAUUCAAGGAAUUAGGGAUGUUACAUAGUUUAAGAGAUUUCCCAAUAAGUUGGCUUUGGCUGAUGCUUUGAUUCUUCCAAGUUAUAACUUUACCCUGUAUUUUAGCAUACUAUGGGGUAUAUAUUUAGUUCAAGCCUCACUUUCCCCCUGUGAUAAAUAUCCAUUUUUUUUACUAAUGAA